CGUCAUAUUUUCUUGCACAUACAUUGAACGUAGCAGAAGAAGAUGGCUUCGCCCUGUAGAAAGAUGGCGAGUCGGUCUCUCAUACAGUUCAUGGCUUGUUUCGGGAGGACAGCGGCCGGUAACUCGGUGUUUCGUCAGUUUUCCGGCAGUCCUGUGUGUCGGGCGACUUUACAGACCAACAUGUUAACAGAAAGACCAAGUUCUCCAUGGAGUUUGACGGCCGCGGUGUGUCUGCAGAGGUUGCCGGUGAUCUCAGCGGACAGCAGCCCGAUAGAGCAGCAGGUCACAACCAUGAUGCAGCAGAUGGAGCUGGAGAAAAGCUUGCUGGCGGACCAUGAGCUGCGGCUGCUGGAAGACGCUGAGAGAAUGAGUCGCAAGCAGGCAGCUGACUAUGACUCUGACGAAGAGGAUGACCACAGACACCAGGAAACCGUGCUGGCUCAGGACCUGGAAGACUCCUGGGAGCAGAAGUUGAAGAGCUUCCAGCCUGCGCCGAGGGUCAGAGGUGAUGUGGAUAAGGACUUGACCUCAGUGGAGCGCUGCCUGGCCGACUCGCUGGUUCUUCUAUCCAAGCAGCAGGUGGGUGGCUCUGAGAUGUGGCUGCUACCUCAGACUCAGUGGCAGGAAGGAGAAACCCUGCGACAGACGGCCGAGAGAGCCCUCGCCUCCCUGCCAGGAGCCAGUUUUAAGGCGACUUUCCUCGGCAACGCCCCCUGCGGAGUGUACAAGUACAAACUGCCCAAAGCUGUUCGGACGGAGGGCUCGAUCGGAACAAAGGUAUUCUUCUUCAAAGCCGUUCUGUCCGACAGCGGUCCCUCCGCAGCCCCGAAUGCUCCUUUUCUGUGGGUGAGGAAAAGCGAACUGCAGCGCUAUCUGAAACCAGCUUACAUGAUGAAGGUCGACCGCUUCAUCCUCAGCCUAUGAUGCCUAAACUCAUAACAGGGACACUGACUUCCAGAACAAUAUUUAUGAGGCCCAGAAAGUUUACUUAUCUGCUGUCUUGUAUCAAACAAUGUAUCUUCCCUUCAAGCUAUGUAUGUUUCAUUGUAUAAAUAAAUUGUUUUUCCACACA